UAACAUAAUUAUACUCCCAGGCCUUUCUCUGCCUCUGUGGUGGAUUGUGGAGUGUUUCCCAUGUGGUAUUGGUGUGCUGGAUAUCCCUUCACUGGUAGCCUGGUAACAUAUAAUCCCAGGUCUUUCUCUGCCUCUGUGGUGGAUAGUGGAGUGUUACCCAUGUGGUAUUGGUGUGCUGGAUAUCCAUUCACUGGUAGCCUGGUAACAUACACUCCCAGGUCUUUCUCUGCCUCUGUGGUGGAUAGUGGCGUGUUUCCCAUGUGGUAUUGGUGUGCUGGAUAUUCCUUCAGUGGUAGCCUGGUAACAUACACUCCCAUGUCUUUCUCUGCCUCUGUGGUGGAUAGUGGAGUGUUUCCCAUGUGGUAUUGGUGUGCUGGAUAUCCCUUCACUGGUAGCCUGGUAACAUACACUCCAAGGUCUUUCUCUGCCUCUGUGGUGGAUAGUGAAGUGUGUCCCAUGUGGUAUCAGUGUGCUGGAUAUCCCUUCACUGGUAGCCUGGUAACAUACACUCCCAGGUCUUUCUCUACUUCUGUGGUGGAUAUUGGAGUGUUUCCCAUGUGGUAUUGGUGUGCUGGAUAUCCCUUCACUGGUAGCCUGGUAACAUAUAAUCCCAGGUCUUUCUCUGCCUCUGUGGUGGAUAGUGGAGUGUUUCCCAUGUGGUAUUGGUAUGUUGGAUAUCCCUUCACUGGUAGCCUGGUAACUUACACUCCCAGGUCUUUCUCUGCCUCUGUGGUGGAUAGUGGAGUGUUUCCCACGUGGUAUUGGUGUGCUGGAUAUCCCUUCAUUGGUAGCCUGGUAACAUACACUCCCAGGUCUUUCUCUGCCUCUGUGGUGGAUAGUGGAGUGUUUCCCAUGUGGUAUUGGUGUGCUGGAUAUCCCUUCAUUGGUAGCCUGGUAACAUACACUCCCAGGUCUUUCUCUGCCUCUGUGGUGGAUAGUGGAGUGUUUCCCAUGUGGUAUUGGUGUGCUGGAUAUCCCUUCACUGGUAGCCUGGUAACAUACACUCCCAGGUCUUUCUCUCCCUCUGUGGUGGAUAGUGGAGUGUUUCCCAUGUGGUAUUGGUGUGCUGGAUAUCCCCUCCCAAGGUUCAGGACUUUACAUUUUUCAUCAUUGCAUUGUAGCAGCCACUUUUUGUUCCACUCCUAAAGCUUGGUGAUGUCUUCUUGUAGGAAAUCCACAGUCAAGGGGUUAAAAAUAGGCCUUUCUGACAAACUGUUGCAAUUUUUAUAACACUCUUACUUCCCUUAUCAGAUUAUAUUAUGUUGUUUGUCUGUCCACAACACAAGUCCUACAGCAAUACUUCCUCUCCACAACACAAGUCCUACAGCAAUACUUCCUCUCCACAACACAAGUCCUACAGCAAUACUUCCUCUCCACAACACAAGUCCUACAGCAAUACUUCCUCUCCACAACACAAGUCCUACAGCAAUA